GCCAUACUCAUUUGUAAACAAGCUGGUUAAUAUUUUCAAAUCUUUCUUCGUAGAAAUCUAAAAAAAAACGAAAAUGUCAGACGCAGCGGCGGCGGCACCCACCCAAAAGGUUAAGACGCCCAAGAAGAAAAGUUCAAAGCCAAAAACGCCUUCAAGUCAUCCUAAAUACAGCCAGAUGAUUAAGGAAGCGAUUGUAACCUUGAAGGAAAAGAGCGGCUCGUCAAGACAAGCGAUUCUUCAUUACAUUGUGAAAACCUACAAAGUUGUAGACGAGAGAACCGUCAAUCAGCACUUGAAGAUGGCUCUGCGAGCGGGAGUGAAGAACAACAGUUUGAAGCACGCCAAGGGCUCCGGAGCCUCUGGUUCGUUUAAACUCGGAGAAGUUAAGGUAGUCAAAAAAGCUAAGAAGCCUGCUGCGAAGAAGGCAAAAAAACCUAAAGCUGCCAAGCCCAAGAAAGCCAAAAAACCAAAGUCUCCAAAGAAACCCAAGACUGCCAAACCUAAGAAACCCAAGGCAAAGAAAUCACCAAAGAAGGCGGCGAAGCCCAAGGCGACAAAAACUGUAAAACCCAAAGCCAAAAAAUCCAAGACUCCCAAAAAGACUGCAAAGAAGUGAACUUUACAGCAGUGAUCUGAACAAUAACUUGUAGAACUGUGUAUAUGUGACAGUGCGUGUGCGUAUGGACCUCUGACGAAUGGAUGAUUUUUAAACAAACGGUUGAAACGUGAAUAUUCAACGUAUUGACAGAGCAAUGUUACGAAUAAGAAGUUGCGCAUCUCUGAUCGUUGAGGUCGUUUAAGCCUAAAUGAGCUUAGUUGUGCCUAAACAUUACAGGACACGAGACCAAGUGUAUGGACUACAUAUAAUGGCUGUUUUAAGUAAAUCAUUUCACGAAAUACACUUGCAACAAUGUUUCAUUUCAAGUUCUUGGAUCAUUUUACGAAAGUGCAUCUUAUCGUAUUUAUAAAAACUUCAUUUAAAAUUCCAUUUAUCAUGUUAUGAAUGGUGCAUUAUUUAUACUUGCAAGAAGUUUUCAUGAUCGUCUUUAUGAAUAGUGCAUUAAAGAACAUUAUUAUUAAGUUUUCAUAUUUCUCAUCAAUAGUGCUUUGUUUGCAUACUGGACGUGUUAAUCUUGUUAACAAUAAAUGUUUUACAUUGAAA